AUUGGUGGAUUUUCCGGGGGCAAUGAUGAACAAAAAGCCAAUGGGCCAGGUUCUUGGUAAAGAUUCCUCUCCCUCAAAUGUUUUGCAGCAGUCCUUUUGCACUCUUUUCAGAUCAAAAACUCAACAGGAUGGCCAAUUUAAAGGAGAUUUGCAGUGGUUUACCUCUGGACCCUUUACCCCCAAACCGAGGAAGAGACCCCAACGUGCCUCAUGCACCCAUUCGAACCCCAAACCUCACUGUCCAAGAGGAGCGGCUGGCAUUGAGAAACGCCCUGCGCUAUUUCCCCCCGGCCCAUCAUGCAACACUUGCACCAGAAUUUGCACAGGAAUUGCGCCAGUAUGGGCACAUUUACAUGUACCGUUUUUGUCCUGCUUUGCAUCUGAGAGCGUACCCCAUACACGAGUACCCAUGCCGCACACGCCAAGCAGCUGCCAUCAUGUUGAUGAUUAUGAACAAUCUGGACCCUGCAGUGGCCCAGUUUCCCCAGGAGCUCAUCACCUAUGGAGGAAAUGGUCAAGUUUUCAGUAAUUGGGCUCAGUUCCGUCUUGUGAUGAAUUAUCUGAGUGAGAUGACAGAGGAGCAGACUUUGGUCAUGUAUAGUGGUCACCCCAUGGGUCUGUUUCCAAGCUUGUCCUCCUCACCUCGCGCCAUUAUCACCAAUGGCAUGGUUAUUCCAAACCACUCCUCCAGAGAGCAAUAUGAAAAGAUGUUUGCGCUCGGUGUGUCUAUGUAUGGUCAAAUGACAGCUGGCAGCUACUGCUACAUUGGACCUCAAGGGAUUGUUCAUGGCACUAUGCUUACUGUGCUGAAUGCUGGUCGGAGGUACCUGGGCUCCGGUGACCUUCGAGGACGUGUCUUUGUGACCUCUGGACUUGGGGGAAUGAGUGGAGCUCAGGCUAAAGCAGCUGUCAUUGCAGGCUGCAUUGGCGUCAUUGCGGAGGUAGAUGAGGCUCCUCUCAAAAAGAGACACGAGCAAGGGUGGCUGAUGGAGGUCAGCGCAAAUUUGGAUCACUGCAUUAAACGCAUCAGAGAAACCAGGCACUCGAAGACUCCCCUCAGUUUGGGAUACCAUGGCAACAUUGUAGCUUUGUGGGAGAGGUUGCUGUUGGAGUACCAGCAGACUGGUGAGCUCCUGGUGGAUUUGGGGUCUGACCAAACUUCUCUCCACAAUCCCUUCAACGGAGGCUACUACCCAGUACAACUUAACUUCCGCCAGGCCAACCAGCUCAUGUCCACUGAUCCUAGUUAUUUCCGCCGCUUGGUCAAAGAAAGCCUCCAGAGACAUGUUAAUGUUAUUAACAAGCUGUCGGAUGCAGGAAUGUUCUUUUGGGACUACGGCAACGCAUUUCUACUGGAAGCUCAAAGAGCUGGUGCUGCUGUGGAAAAGGUUGGUGGAGGAGCGACUGAAUUCCGCUACCCAUCGUAUGUCCAACAUAUAAUGGGAGAUAUUUUUUCUUUGGGCUUUGGUCCAUUUCGAUGGGUGUGCACAUCUGGUGAUCCCCAGGACCUCGCCGUAACUGAUGACAUUGCUGCCUCAGUCCUGGAAGACUUGAGCAUCAACGCAACUGACCGAGUCAGACAUCAGUACAACGAUAAUAUCCGGUGGAUCAGAGAAGCAGGAAAACACAAAAUGGUUGUGGGUUCCCAGGCCAGAAUUCUCUACUCAGACCAGAAAGGAAGAGUAUCCAUUGCUUUGGCCAUUAACCGAGCCAUUGCUGAAAGAAAGGUUUCGGCUCCAGUGGUGAUCAGCAGAGACCACCAUGAUGUGAGUGGUACUGACAGUCCCUUCAGAGAGACCUCCAAUGUGUAUGAUGGCUCUGCGUUCUGUGCAGAUAUGGCAGUCCAGAACUUUGUGGGUGAUGCGUUCAGGGGGGCUACCUGGGUAGCCCUGCACAAUGGUGGUGGUGUUGGAUGGGGGGAAGUGAUGAAUGGAGGAUUUGGUUUGCUUUUGGAUGGCUCUGAGGAGGCAGCGAAGCGAGCUUCUCUGAUGCUUAACUGGGACGUUUCCAAUGGGGUGGCACGGCGCAGCUGGUGUGGGAAUUCCAAUGCAUACGAGACCAUCCAACGCACCAUGGAGGAGGACAGGAAGCUGCGGGUCACCAUGCCUUUUCCUGUACAGGAUGAUAAUGUGCUGGACCGGGCUCUUCAGGGCUGACCUGAAAGCUCUGGAGGGUCUGAGUAAUAUUGUAACUGGUCUUAAAACUAGAGAAAACAGGAAAAAAAUCCACUAGUGAGCAUAUUACAAGCGUCAUUACAUAAGACAUGUUCAAUUAAAAUAAGUGGUACUUUUCAUGAUUGCAGUGUAUUUUUCUUAAGUUAAAUGUACACCUUUAGGAAUUUCUUUUAACAAAAAAAGCUUAAAACAGGACAUUUUCUUCUUUGUUUCUCGUUCGGGCUUAGUUAAAUGAAAUUCUACAUUCUAAAAAUACUCUGCAACAACAGCUUCGAAUAUACGGUCAAUUAUACACGUACACAAUUUAGACUUCAAUCGGGGUCUUUGACAUUCACACACAAAAAAAUAUCAAACCAAAAACAAUGGCUAUAGGUAUUUUAAUUGCAUGAAGUUUUCCAGUCUGCGUGAGUUUUCUCCGGGUACUCUGGUUUCUUCCCAAAUAACAAAAACAUGCAUG